AUGAAGAGUUCUGGAAGCAGAGCUUUUCUUCCGUUUGGCCAUGCAGAGGACACCGCAACGGAGCUUCAGGACCAGGCUUCGAAGAGCCAGGACACGUUGGUUGAUGCCGUCGAGACGGCCGAAGUGGCUGAGAUCAAGCGGGCUGUGUUCCGCGCUCUGACACGGCUGCGUGCUGCCACCAUCAAGGAGUUCGACACGAUUGCACGUCUUGAAACGCAGUCGAUCGACGCCUACAACGAUGCGCACCACUACCGCUCGGAGAACCCCCUGGCACACCUUCAUGAGGACGAGGCGCCGGUGCAGACGGACAAGCUGAAGCCGUGGGCUCAGAAGCAGGUCGAAGAAGGAACUGCUGAAGACGCACUUCGAUGGGAGGAAGGGGUCCAGCAGCAGUUGCAGUUCGCAGAAGCCUUUGCCAGAUUCCCAGCGGCUUGUGAUUUGUGGCAGCAGAGUUUCCUCGAAAAUUUCUUGCAAGGCAUGCAGGAGCUACAGGACCCUGCCAUGCCACAGUACGAGGUACGGGAACUGGAGCCUUUGAUCGAUUCUUCAGCAAUGGGGCCCUCAGACUGGACAAAGAUUGCCAGGACGCUGGAGCGGAACUACAUGAAGUAUCAUGGCUUUGUGGUGAUAACGGGCACUGACACAAUGGCAUAUGCCGGUUCGGCAUUGAGCUUCAUGCUGGAAGAUCUCGCGAAGCCUGUGGUAUUCACUGGCUCCAUGAUACCGUUGGCCGAACCUUACAAUGACGCCCGCCGAAACCUGAUCCUGUCGAUGCAGUUUGCGGCUGCUCAACAGAGCUUCCCCGAGGUCAUGAUCUUUUUUAACGACCGUCUCUUGCGGGCCAACCGUGCGACCAAGUAUUCCGCAGAUGGACUGGAUGCCUUCGGAUCCCCCAAUUUCCCACCUUUGGCAAUCGUCGGCACCAGCGUGCGAGCUCGCACGGAUUUGGUAGUGAGUAAUCCAAGAGGGUACAUGAAGGUGCAUCCUGUGGCUGAUGCCCAUGUACUAGUGAUCCGGCUCGUCCCGGGAUUCGAUGCUGGGGUGCUCUCCAUGAUUGUCGAGGGAAAGCAAUCUUUGCGAGCACUUGUCCUAGAGACCUACGGCACGGGAAACGCUCCGGUGCUCGCAGCUGUCGCAGAGGCUCGGAAGCGUGAUCUUCUGGUGGUGGUCUGUUCCCAAUGCCCACAAGGCUGUGUGGAGAUGAACCAAUAUGCCGCCGGAGCGGAGCUCGCCAAACAGGGGGUUAUUUCAGCCGGGGACAUGACCACCGAAGCUACUGUGACAAAACUUACCUUCCUGCUUUCGCGCUACAGCACGGACCAGGUCGCGCAUAGAAUGGGCGAUGACUUGCGGGGAGAGAUCACGCCCAUGGACAGCGCUGAUGAGGAAGAUGUCCAGAUGGUGGAUCUUGCUGAUGUCACUCGUGAAGGCAAGCGUCACUUCCUGACGGACUCAGAUUCGCCUCAUACUCCGAGUCCACGCUCAGUGAGUCUGGAGGUGCGCUCCUCGGGUCGGAGCGUCAUCUUCGUCAGGAAUCGAAACUGCAAGCUUCCUCCUUUGUCGCCCUCCUGCGGCGCCCACCAGGGAGAGGAGGACUACUCGCUCUUCUUCGGGGAGCACUUCAGUAACCUUUGCAAUGGGGAGGACAGGAUCCUGAAGCAGCCGGCACACUUCGAUUAUGCUCCGGUCAUUCCGAAUGACCAGGAUCAAAUGCGCAAGGCCAUGCUGGACCGGAUAGUGCGCCUUCAUCUCAAGUUCGACAUGAAGCCGGAAAGUCUCUACUUGGCUGUGUCUUUGAUCGACGAGUGCCUCAUGCUUCGGCUGCCUUGCAUACGGCCGUUUCUUUUGGCCCCAGUCGCCUUGCUGGUAGCUGCGAAGUUCGAGGACAUGCGGCCGGGCUCGCUCCUGUACGCCUUGCUGAAACUCUCCGCUGGCAUCUCUUGA